CCGAAGCAUGUCUGACGUCACGUCGGGAAAACGAAACCGAAGAAUCGGAGUUUCCCGAGAAUAAACGGCUGCGAUGAAAAAAAAGUUAAAAGCAUGACAGCAUAAAAGGAGUCUGUCAUUUAAAUACUGGCUUGUUCGUGCUCACAUUGAGUGACAGUAGAAAUCUGACCGCGUCAACAGCUGCAGACAGUCAUAUCGGCAGCUGCACCAACACUGAACAGAAAUGGCUCACCCUAAACCUCUCCUGAUGCCUUGGCUGUGGGCCAAAAUUGAAAACGCUGAAUAUCAAGGUGUUGCCUGGACAAACGCAGAGAAAACAGAGUUCUCAAUCCCAUGGAAACACGGUCUGAGAGGGGAUUCCUCCGACACGGAUGUUCUCAUCUUUAAGGCUUGGGCUGAGGUGAGCGGCAACGGUCGAGCUCAGGGAGAUCCCUCACACUGGAAAAGAAACUUUCGCAGCGCUCUUAGAGUUAAGGGCUUCACAAUGGUGUCAGACAACAAAAAUGACAAUGCUAACCCCCAUAAAAUAUAUCGCUGGCCAGAAGAGUCUUCUUCACGUGCUUGUUUUGCUGCUGGAUCCCAAGAACAAACUGACAAUAACGUCUACAACAACUUUAUUGUCGUAGACAACCAAUUGGUCGACUUCACAGAGGAUGCUCUUUACCUUCCUAUAGAAGAUUUAAUACCAGGCUGCAUAGCCGGUGAGGAUAUCCUUCAGGAGUGUCUGAGGGGCCUGAACAUCGACUCUGAAGCAGAAGGAAUCACAGGAUUCGAGCCUCCUCCUGAGCAACAACAGCUGCAGAAUCACGCCCUGAUUGGUGGACCCCCGUUGCCCGGGCAACAGCAGGAUCCAGUAAUGUUUGUGGGUGCAGCCGGUGAAACUGGGUUGCCUGAGCAACCAGCAUGUCCACCGAGUAGAGCUGAGGGAGGGGUUGAUGGUGAUGAGGCCACUGCACUCUUCAUGGAUACAAUGCACAGGACUCAAGAUGGAAAUAGCAUCAAGACUCAAUUCAGGAUACUGAUGUACUACAGAGGAGUGAAGGUGUCUGAGAAGCUAGUAGAGAAUGAAGCUGGAUUCCGCUUAGUCUACAGGCCUGAGCUCUUGGAUUCGGUUUUGGACGUUCAGAACGGCCCCAGCCUGGUCUCUCUGCCAGGACCUGGAAAUAUGCUGGAUCAAGUGCAAGCUAAUCUCACCCAAAGGAUUUUGAACACUCUAGGUGACGGCCUGGAAGUGGGCGUGUCCGGUCACUUGGUCUACGGCUGCCGACGGGGUGACACCAAAGUGUUUUGGAGCUUUUCCAAAUUCGACACCAGCAAAACACCCCAAGAGGUGUCCAAGCUGAAUCCUGCUACACUUUUCCACUUUAAGGACUUCUUGCAAGGAAUAAUAAACUUUAGCAAAGGAGGUGACUGCCCCCCAUGCUCCUUGUUCUUCUGUCUGGGGGAGAAGUGGCCAGACCCACAAAACAGACCUUGGACGAAGAAACUAAUCACAAUUGAGGUGGUCUUGACUUCGCUGGAGAUACUAAAGAAUAUAGCGGUUGAAGGUGGCGCCUCCUCCCUGCAGUCAGUAGAACUGCAGGAGUCACUGGGGGAGAUGAUGGAUCUAUGCUGACACUGUGUCUGCAGAAAGACCCCAUCUUCCCUUUUUUUUUUAUUAAUGGGAAAGCAGAUUGGAAAAAUUUUCUUCUGAACAUUUAAUCUUUUGAUUCCAUAAUUCACAUUUUUAUGAUCGUCGAAUUUAACUGUAAUUUUAUUGAAUAAUGAGGUACUUUACAAUUUUUAGCUUUUUUAAUUCUAUGUUUUGAAUAUUAGCAUAACAUUUUAAUACGUUUUUUAAAGUUUGGAAUAGUUCUUUGUUAUGAAUUGAAGUUGCUGCAGAAAUUUCGCCGAUCAAGUUUCUUUACAAUUCUUGCACUACAGAGUAAAGUAUUUAUGUCUUCAAAAACUAUUUAAAAUGAAUCAAAAACUGCAAGUUAUUAUAGCAAUUAUUAUAUUUGCUGCACAGAUAUUGCUAUUGUACCAAACUGUUCCCUUUAAAUGUGCAUGUAUUUUGAAUGAGGAGCAGCAGCAUUGAUCUUGAUUAAGGUAGAAAGGAGAUGAAUGCUUAAAACUCAAAUGUUGCGUCUCAACCAAAUCCUGUUAAAAGUGAGAGAUGCAGAUGCAAGAACAUCUGGAAUCAGCCACUACGCACUGCAGCAUGCACCUCCCAGACGCAGUAGGUUUAAAAAUAUACUGGAUGCUCUGCAGAUAUCAUGAAUGAACGAUGCACCUCAUGUGGCACAUAAUGAAAAAAGCUACUUUUUAUUUCCAGAUAUGAAACCUUUAUUGAGACACAUAGUAUAAUAAUAAAAUCAAUUGGUUAUUAGCAACUACAUUAUAAUAACUUGUAAGUGAAACCAAUGUGAAAGCUGCGUUCUGUUUUACCAUCUGGAUCUUUUAUUGAAAUAAAGUCACGAAGUCUGA